GCCGGACGCAAACUGUCCCGGAACCAAAAGCGGGCGGUGAGGGGUUGGUCCGCCCGGGUUCGGGGAGGCGCCAGCAUCCCUAGCGGCGCUCGGCUCCGCCCUCCACCCGCCUCCACAGUCAUAGUCCCGGGCCGGCGUGUCGGCGUGUGUGGUAAUGCGGCUCUUUCUAGGUGAGAGGAGAUAACCGCGUCCUGUCCUUGGCCUGAGCGAUGCUGAGAAGCUGCGCUGCGCGCCUGCGCACUCUUGGGGCUCCGCCUGCGAGGCGACCCGGACUGGUGUGGAGGUUGUUUUCUUCUGAGAAAGUCAUUCACAAGGACUAUGGUCUCCCAAACCCCAGCUGGAGCAAGGACCUAAGACUCCUCUUUGACCAGUUCAUGAAGAAAUGUGAAGAUGGCUCCUGGAAACGUUUGCCUUCAUACAGACAAAAUCCUCAAAUCUUUAAAGAUUUCCAAACUCGCUUUGUUGAUCCCAGGUUUGCGAAAGAAGAACAAAUGUCUAAGGCCCAACAGUUCACCAGAAGCUUUGAGGAAGGCCUGGGCUUUGAAUAUGUGAUGUUCUAUAAUAAAGCAGAGAAGAGAAUGGUUUGCUUGUUUCAAUCAGGUCUUCACCUUCAAGGGGUACCUGGGUAUGUUCAUGGAGGUGCCAUUGCAACCAUCAUUGAUGUUACUACUGGCACGUGUGCAAUUGCCGAGGGAAUUGCCAUGACUGCCAACCUCAACAUCGACUAUAAAAAACCUAUCCCCCUUUGUUCUGUUGUGGUGAUAAACUGCCAAAUUACUAAGACUGAAGGAAGGAAACUUUUUGUUUCCUGUGCUGUUCAGAGUGUUGAUGAGAAGACUUUACACACAGAGGCAACAGCCUUAUUUAUAAAGCUGGAUCCUGACAAGCGUUUGACAUAAAGAACUUCUGGUGAAUUCCACACUGUUCUGCACGAGGUUCUCCUCCUCCAGAAGCGGCAACUAUCCCCAUUCCUGUCCAGCUGCUGAAUCCCCGGGGAAAGCCUGGCUCACUGACUUUUGAGAACAGCCUCUGAAAUACAGGGCUGCAGGAACUCUCCAUCCCCUUCCAGACUUUCAAAAGAAGCACUCCCUGGGAGAGUCUCAGCAUCAUCUGUAUCCCUAGGACAAUGCAUGGUCCUGAAAACUGAACAGACUCCAAAGCUACCAAGCACAGCAUCUGCUCUACUGCAGACUGCAGAAAAAAGAUUGCGUAGAAACGGGAUGGUAUGUGGAGUGCACGUGUGCAUAAGCAUGUACUGUUGUUACCAAGCUAGGUUUAUUGUAUGUGAACAGACCUCUUUCUGACCAUAUUAGGGAAUACAGUUCAUUCAACACAUCUGUUGUCUGAAUUCCUAGAGAUUAAACUGUUGUUCAUUUUUUCCUCA